GCCAAGGAGCUGGGAGCCACCGACUGCAUCAGCCCUCGAGACUUCAAGAAGCCCGUCCAGGACGUGCUCACUGAGAUGACUGGCCAUGGCGUGGACUACUCCUUUGAGGCCAUCGGGCAUGCGGAUACCAUGAUUGCUGCCCUGGCUGCCUGCAAUAUGAACACUGGUGUCUGUGUGAUGGUCGGGCUACCAGCUUCUGGUUCAGUGAUUCCCAUUGAUCCUAUGCUUGUGCUGUCCGGGCGUACGUGGAAGGGGACUCUGCUUGGAGGUUGGAAGGCAAGAGAUUCUAUCCCCAAACUAGUUUCCAGCUACAUGGAGAAGAAAUUCAACUUGGACUUGCUGAUCACACACACGCUGCCAAUCGCUAAAGUGAACGAGGGAUUUGAGUUGUUACGUGCAGGAAAAAG